AUGCAAGGUUCGACCACAGAUCAAAUCACCUAUACAAAUGACCGUCCCCAAGGUUUAUCUACGGAGGCCAAGAUGGUUCUCAUGCAACAGCAGUUAGCACUACUUCUACAUGCUGAUCACUGUGAACGCCUUGAAAGGAGGGGGAUGGCAACAAACUGUGCGGAUCGAAAUUGUGGUGAAAUUCGAAACUUGCUGCCUCAUUUACAGAGUUGCACUCGAGAAAAGGAGUGCAAUGUUCCACAUUGUAUUUCAUCUAAGUACAUAAUGCGGCACUAUCGUUCUUGUGGAGAUAUGGAAUGCAAAGUUUGUUCGGCAAUCAGGAAACCCAUUGGGAACUCUACACCGUCAUCAGCAUCAUCCGUUAGUUGCCCACAAAAUGGACUCACUUCAAACCACAAAUCUGACAUAUCAUCCUUAAAUGGCAUCAAAAUAUCAGACUCUCCGCUUCCACACCAAGAGACUGCUUUUACAACUGGUUCGUGUGAAUCACAACCAACAGUUGUGUUGAAUGGUGAGUUCAGUCGGGUACCUUUACAUGAAAGCCGCAUCACCGAUCAACAGCGAGAACUAGCUAUGAAAAAGUUUGUGAAUGAUAUUUCUUUAUCAAUCUUUCCAACGGCAAAUCCUACUGCAUACAGUGAUCCCAGGAUGAAACAAUUUCUCGAUUAUGUGAAACGAAUGGAAAAAGACGUUUAUGUAAAAUCUAGGUCAACAGAAGAAUAUUUCAAAACAAUGGCACUUCAUUAUCACAAUAUACAUUCUGAAUUAAAGGAAAAGCGUCGUCUGAGGGAAUCCUGUCCGCCACUACAAAAUGGAGAUAUUUCUGAUGUGACACAACCUUCAGACCUGUCAAAUUCUGUUUCAUCAGAAAAUAACUCAUUGAAAGCUAAUUCUUAUGAUCAGGAUCAGUUUUCAGAUGCUUUAGAAAUCGUAUCCAAGCGUGAAGAACAAAUUCAACGGGAAAUUAAAGUUGAAGUUACGACAGAAAGCUCUUCGAAUUCCUCUGACUCUGCAGGGGUUUUAGAAGACAAGGAUAAUAAAGAAGAUUCAAAUUCACCAGAAGUUAAAUAUCGUUCUGUCACGUCCAUAGAACCUAGUGAAAGCGAAAUAAAGACAAAGAUUGAUGAAAAAACUGAUCUGGAGUCGGAUGCACCUGAGCCCACCAGUUCUGAUGAAAAAAAAGAGGACAUCCAGGCUUCUCGAGAACCUAUCAGACGAAGAAUAUGGUACUCUGAUGAACUGUUGCAGCAUUUUCUACCAGUUGUGCUAAAAAUAAGCAAAGAAAAGGAUGCAGAACCAUUUUUGACUCCAGUAGACUGGAAGUUCCUUGAAAUAUAUGAUUAUCCUCAAAUAGUUUCUGAUCCUAUGGAUCUGUCAACUAUACGGAGAAAACUAGAAGACCGAGAAUAUAAGGAUCCUUGGGAAAUAGUCGAUGACUUUUGGUUGAUGCUUAACAAUGCCUGGCUUUACAAUAAAAAGACAUCCAAGGUCUACAAGACCUGUACAAGGUUGGCUGAGACAUUUGAAACUAUAAUUGACCCUGUAAUGCAGUCGCUUGGAUUUUGCUGUGGCAGGGAAUACUAUUACCAACCACCUACCUUAACCUGCUUAACGCCCAAGUUUUGUACAAUAUAUCGCGAUGCAGUUUAUUACGUCUACAAGAGCGAUGGUCAAACUCCUGGACUUUUGGAACAAAAAUACACAGUAUGCGAGAGAUGUUACAAUGAAGCUUUAGAUCAAAUAGCCCUUGACAGUGACUCCAGUAACCCAGUGUAA